AUACAAUAUUCUAGUAGAAAAAACUCCAGAUGAUGGUAUAUAUUCACUAUGGGAGUUUAUAAUAAGAUUCAACGAUCCUUCCUAAAUGAUUAAAAAAUCGUAUAACAGGAAAUGGGAAACAUGGUAAAAAUAUUGAAUAAAUCCAUAAAAUUUGGUAAUUUCUCGUGGUGAUCUUCCUGGGUGUUAUACAUGUGGGUUCAUCCAGAAAUCGUCAACAAUUAAAUUUAUUUCCCACUGUGUACGCGCAACAUAAUGGCUCAAUUAAGAUCACUGAACAAGAGACGGUGUUGUGCUUUUCUUCUUCAUCAUGGCAAUUAAUUAACGCAGAAAAGCGGUCUUGUGGACUUGUAGGAGGCACACAAUACGCCAGAUGAUCACGAGAGACUGAUCUGUGUGGAUCAGCAUCACUCUUAAAGGGGAGAUCUUGUGCGAUCUUACAGUGUGUGGAUCACAGUGUUGUACAAAGUGUGGGAAGUGAUCGUGAGGAUCAUUCUGUGAUCACGGUGUGGGUGAGCCUUUUUACACGAUCAUCAAUCAUUUUGGUGGCAAAUUGUGCCAAUUUGCUGUCAUGUGAGGUGCACAGAGGUGACUUAAUGAAUCAGUUGUGUGUAAACAAUGAUCCAUGUGAAAAUAUAAGUCACAAGCGACUUGACUGAAGAAUGAGAAACUAAGCUGGGCAAGAGGUAAAGAAUCUCUCCUGAAAGGUGCCAAAAAGUGUGGAGGAGUGAAAAUGUGGUCAUAUUGAGUGCGAACGUGAGACCCCCAUCGUGAGAUCAUGAGCAGAAAGCAAAGGCAUCAGAGGCACAAGACGCGCGAUUCUGACUGCUGGAGCAUCAAUUUUCUCAAAUAUGUUUUGCACAUCUUCAACAUCAUAUUUUUCAUGUCAGGGAUCAUCGUGGCAGGAGUGGCUGUAUGGACAAUCUUCUGGCGACACAAGUACAUCUCCCUCCUCUCAACGUUUAGCUACGCUUUUGGCGCCUACGCAUUCAUUGUUGCCGGCAUUUUGGCCAUUGCAGGCGGCAUUUGGGGAUGCUGCGGUAUUUGGCGGGAACAACGUGCCAUGAUCCUCUGCUACACCUUCAUCUUACUCGUGACUCUCUGCUUGGAAGCAGCCGGUGGCUCCAUAGCUUACCUCUACAACACACUCCUUGACGAUGAUCUCAGCUUUAGUCUCAACGAGACAUUCCUCACGAGCUAUGCAAUUGAUCAGGGCAGAACCAAAGCAAUUGAUCAGAUGCAGCAAGAGUACAAAUGCUGUGGUGCUGUGAGAUUUGAGGAUUGGAAGAGGAGUACGUGGUUAUCAGGUGCGGAAGAUGAAUUAAUAUUCCCACCUGAGGAUCGGUUGGUUCCUGAUUCUUGCUGCAUUUCUGCAUCAUACCUCUGUGGUCUUCGUGAUCAUCCUAGCAAUAUUUACUACACGGGCUGCAUCUACCAAAUGUCAGAAGAUCUGAGGCACCAUCUCAUCAUCCUAGGAACAAUGGCAGCUGGUGCGAGUAUGAUUCCUAUCUUUGGAAUGAUCAUAUCCUGCUGUUUGUACGUAAAGCUUUACAAAUUCAUUGGCUAAGAAAUGGUCAUGAUGGUUUUUAAUUAAUAUAGAAAAGUUAUAAUGUUCACUUUGAUCUGGAAACUAAACGAAAAUCUAUAAUUUAUUGUUGUGUCAUUUAAUUCAUGUGAAUAAUAUUGAAUAAAAUGUUUCUUUAUUCUA